GGCUAGUCAGACUAUAGACUGUCAUGUCAAUAAUUUUAAAGAUCAUUAUACAUUUUUAUAAUACAUUAGCAUAAACAGUAACUGCAAAAAUGGAUGUUAUGCUACAGAGGCAUAGUGCUAAAUACAUAUACGUCGUACCAGAAGGACUGAAGGAGCUCAUGAGCGACAUAUCCAGAGAAGUACUACGUGCGCAGCCUGAAGACAUAUACACCUUUGUAGCGGACUACUUGGAUGCGCUCAUGAUCACAAGAGAAAAUGCAAGAGUUGCAGCACGUCUAGUACAGAGCAUCACCGAAAUAACAACAACCACUUGUGAGUUCUUGGAGGAAGCUGGCAUGGAACGAAUGGAAGCGGAAAGAGUUAUGCAAGUGGUACGUGCUACAUUCCAGAAACAAUUGCAGUCAGAUACACUUGGAGCUCCACCACCAGCAUCGUCGAGAUUUUAUCUUAAUGGGUCCAUUCACAUAUUGAUAUGUCCGACGGCAAAGCUGUCGACUGAUCUCGUAGACCGUGGCCGUUUACAUGAGAUGCGCAAGGCGCCUGUAUCUCCAGUUCAAAUAAUCAAAAUUCAGUUCAGAAUCAUAUUUGAUAGUGUAACGCUCAGGGUUCACGAGAUGAUGAAAAACCUAAUACCGUUCAGUGCUCGAGUUACGAGAAGGUAGUCGCAGGCUUAUUGCCUAAUUUGCGACUUCAAAAAUGGCACGUAAUAAUUGCUGUCAACGUUCCACAGCAUAGUAAACGCAUCUAUCAUGCAUUCUUAACGCGUCAGAAGUUGCCUGAAAUCAAAAUAAUAAUUGGCUUCAAGACGUUAUCAUAUAAAUACCUGAAUAUUACUUAGCUUAGUUAGAUUUGGUUGAAAUCGACUGAGUAGCAUAUAACUUACAUGUUCAUUCAUUACAUGGAUUCCAUUAGAGAUUGAAGAAGCUAAUAUGGUACUGCACAUCCUUGAUGAAGCUCAAAUAGGUCCAGAAAAAGGAGAAGCCUCAGCGAUAAUUAUACAAAGAGCAUAUAGGAACUUUAAGCAACGCAGAGAUAUGGAAAGAGAAUUGCUAAGCGGCAUGAUCGAUUGGAGAGUGGCAGCAAGAAGUGCUAUAUAUUUAUACAGAAAAACGGGAGUUACCAACGAGGAAGCCAAUAGAGCUGCUACGUUGAUAAAGGCUGCAUAUAAAGGUUACUAUACAAGACGCUUCAUGCGGCGUUUAUCAGAAAAAGUCAAAAUGGGUGGCAAGGAAGAAGGGGAAGAGGUGGCUAUCCCCGAUGAUAAAUCGGAAGGAAGCUUCACAGAUGAAGAAAAACAAUCUAGGGCAGUGAAGAUAAACUACGAUACUGUCGUACCCCACGUAGAUUUUGGUGGAGCAGAGAAUAUUCCUGGACAUUACCCUGGUGGGGGAGGUUCCUCAGCAUCCUUGGUUGGGGCUCAUGUAUACAAUGCAAUACUGCAUAAGACAUUCGAGAUAUUACCCCUUGAAGAGGAUGUACCCGCACCACCAGUAUCCGAAAGUGAGCAUCCACCUCCGCCCCCACCUACAGCAGAGGAAGGCGCUGAAAGAGAUCAAGGUCAUGAAGAAGUAGCACCGGUUGAACCAGAAGCGUCUGCAGAUCCGGAGCAUUCAACAGUUACGACAGAGGAAUCUCAUUCUCAAGAAGUACACUUCGAGGCACCAGCUGAAUGAAAGCGGGUUAAAUAUAAAAAUAGCAUGUAGUCUGAGAUAAUAAAAUAUAUUUUAUAAGACCC